CCCGCAUCACUCACCAGAGGAGGUGGCCAAGUUGGAAGAUGCGAUGAACGACCGCGCGCGCAGGCUAGCCAAGGCCAUUCUUGCGAAGAACCGUGGCUUCCUUGACCCUGAGCCGUGUGGCGUGCCCCUGGCGGAGUUGCCGCUUAACACGGAUGAGGAGUUCAACAAGCUUGCGGCGGAGCGCUACCGGCUGAAGCGAAGCAACAAAAAGGACAAUAAUCCCGAAGUGAAGGGGAUUGAGAAUGAAAUGAAUGAUCGUGUGCAUGCACUUGCAAGAGAGCACCUUCGAAAGGCACGGGCCUUCUUGAAUCCCGAGCCCGAAGGUGUGCCACUGGAAGAUGUACCACUUGGCCGUGAUCCCAAGUUUCUUGACAUGGAGCGUGGCCUCGCAAGGAUGCGCAAUGAUCCGAAUGCCUCCGCCGAAACGUUGAGUUCCCUCGAAGAAGAUUUGAACGUGCGUGCGCAUGAGGUUGCAAGGGAGUUUCUCAAAAAGGAAAGGGCCUAUCUCGACCCCGAGCCCCUCGGCGUCCUCGUGGAAGAUCUUCCUCUCAAUCACGACCCCAUUCUUAACGCCUUGGAGCGCAAGCGCCGUGAGCUCAAAAAGGACCCUAAACGAAAUGGGGAUUUUAUUCGUGGAUGUGAAGACGAUAUACAUGACCGUGUGAGGGCGAUUGCGAAGGAGUUUCUGGACAACGAGCGUCGGUUCCUUGAUCCAGAGCCCGAGGGCGUCUUGCUUCGUUAUUUGCCUCUGAAUCUUGACAAGAAAUUUCGAUUACUUGAAUUGAAGCGACGUGAAAAGCUUCGUUUACCCUUGUUGAAAAAUGAAGUUCAUUCUUUAAGAAGACUUGAGAGGAAAAUGAACGAUCGAGCCCAUGCAUUGGCAAAAGAAAUUUUAUCGAGGAACCACGCAUUUCUCGAUCCUGAACCCCUUGGUGUACCGCUUGACGAUUUGCCGCUGAAUACCGAUGAGAAAUUCCGUCGUAUUGAUGAAGUAUUGUGCAUUCAUACCAUGGAUGCGCAUAUGGAUCAGUCGACGUGGAAAGAGCUUCAAAAUGAGUUAGAUGGCCGUGCUUUUGAGUUGGCAGGAGAGCUACUGAACGAAGAACGUUCUUUUUUACCUUUAUCGCCUUUUGGGAUUCCAUUGGAGGAGCUUUCUUUAAACAAUGACUUGCCACUGCGCGCCAUUGAGCGUGCAAGACGAGCAAAACGUGGCCAAAUGCUUGAUGAUGCGGAGGAAAAGCAGAUGAUGUUUGAACGUGUUUUAAAGAUUGCGGACGGUGUUUUGGCGAGCGAUCGUGAGUACUUACAGCCUAAUCCUUGGAAAGUUUCUUUGACGCAACUUCAACUAGACAGAGACGAUGCGUUUCAUUCACUUGAAUUGGAGCGACGCAGACUGAAGAAGAACCCGGCGGCAAACAGCGAUGAGAUCCAAAACAUUGAGAAUGCAUUGAAUGAUCGGGAAUUGCGGCUGGCCGAAGAAUUUAUUCAAAAUGAACGUGCAUUUCUGGAGCGAGAGCCGGAGGGCGUACCCUUGGAACUGUUGCCUCUUGACUCGGAUAGUACUUUCCAUGAAAUGGAGUUGGAGCGGCGGCAACUACGGCAAAAUCCAAAAAUCAGCGAAGAAGUAAUAGAAGAAUAUGAAGAAAAGAUGCGGGACCGUGUACGCGCAUUGGCACUUGAGUACCGCGGCUGGCAAGACGAGGAAUUCCAUGAAUCGAAUAAGCAUAUGGCGGAGGAGUGGCCACGUAUCUGUGAGCUUUACCCAGAGGGUAUCCGUGAUCCGGUGGUGCCGGAGAAAACGCUUCCAUCACAAGUUUCUUCUGCACCACUUGAACUGGGAUAUUUGGCUCCAUUCAUUGCCGCCAUGAGUAGGCAUCCUCCACUUAUUGACCGUCUUUUCGAUUCAAAAGAGCAUCCUGUGAACGGCCCAUAUUCGUUUAUUUUUUAUGAUCCUAACAGCAACCCGGUGCGCGUCGAAAUUGACGACCGUGUUCCAGUGGACGCAAACAUGGAACCGAAGUUUACACGAGUCCCGAAACGGUCAUGGUAUCCGCUAUUGCUGGAGAAGGCCUACGCGAAGUUUGUUGGUGGGUACUCCCGGCUUGAUCAGUGCACACCGCAUGAAACGUUGCGGGAUUUGACGGGUUGCCCGGUGCUUCACAUCCCUCUUGACGAUAAACUGGCGGAGGCUGCCAACACGGGCGAUUUUAGGUCGGUGAAAUUCUGGGGUGGCGUUGCGAAGGAUCUGGAGCGCGGUGAUGUCAUUACUUGCAUCUCUAACGUGGAUGCUGGGGACGGCAUCCAUCCGCUGUGCAGUUAUGCCCUCUUCGCGGUUAUUGAAGCCGUGAAGGAGUCAAAUGAUCCCGCAGACAUUGUGAUAAAACUGCACAACUGCUACUUUGAUGAGCCUUUUUAUAGUGGACCUCUCAACCGGAACGACGGAAGCUGGAAAAAAGAAUUGAGGGACGUUUGCGGCUCUGAUCCCUCUCGUGUUGAUCACUUGUUCAUGCCCCUCUUGACUUUCCUGAAUAAUUUCUCAAGCAUGCAGCGAUGCAAUAUUAACUGCGGUGAUCGUCUCACUGCUGUCGGUAAGUGGAAUAGAAAGACUUGUGGAGGCAAUCCAAAGUUUACGACCUUCCGAAACAAUCCGAUUUAUUUGGUGGAGAACAAAUCCUCUCGUCCAGUGAGAAUUCUGGCUGAAUUACGUCACCAAACGCCGUCCUUUUCAGAUAGUGAUGGCUUGAACCACUACCACCAGACGGGAUUGGUGUUGAUGCAAUCUGUACAUGCCAAGAUGGCACCGACUCCGCUCAUCACAAGUAGCACACACCGGUUUAUUCAAAAGGGUAUGAUGCUGGACGCGAGGGAGGUAUGCUCGCAAAUGGACCUUCCACCCAGUACGACAUGUUAUCUUAUCCCGUACACCAUGAAGCGUGGCUGUCACGGUAAGUUCAAUAUUUCUGUUUAUCCCGGGAUGGCAAAGGUGACGUUGACACCGUUGCGAUACGCCGGCCUCAAGCGCGACCCGCUUGUCGUGGAUUUUGUGCUGAAAAGUGGUCUCAAUAGCUCUUUCCGUGUGUCUUUGCAAGUGAGUGAUCCGUGUGAUGUUCAUGUUUUAUUGGGGCAGGUGAAGCGUCGUCGAAAUGUACAUCCUCUUGUUGAUUUUCUAGCCGAUGACGCGGUGAAGUUAACUGUAUUUGAUAAUUAUGGCAUAAAACUGGCGUCUACAGGGGAUGCAACGAAUGCUCGUGAACAGGCGUUGGUGUUGCAACUUUCCAAAACUUGUUUGUUGAAUUUUGUGGCAGAGCGAGUGAACCGUAAAGGAGGCGGUGACUGUCCCUGCGUGUUGUAUUUCUUCACUCCGCCCAAGAUUCUGGCGAAAAUUGUUUCUUUGCCCCCUCUCAAUCCCGUAGCGGCCAAGCCCGGCGUCGCUGGCGGUGGAUGGACACCGCGUGGCGUCUCUACGAGUUCCUGCGAGUCCGCUGAUUUUCAGAAUUAG